AUGCUAGUGGCGUUCGCGUGCCUGCUGAUGCUGGUGGUCUUGGUCAAGUUCCUGGCUGCGCUGCAGUUUGGCAACAAGAAGCGGCCGAUGCCGCCCAGCAAGUUUGUUAUCUGCCAGGUCCCCUGCUAUACCGAGGACGAGGAGAGCAUUGCAAAGACGGUGGAGUCAUUGGCGGCGCUCGAGUACACCGACAAGCAAAAGCUGAUUUUCGUUAUCUGCGACGGCAACAUUGUGGGCCACGGCAAUGACCGGUCGACGCCGCGCAUUGUGCUGGACUGCCUGGGGGUUGACCCCGAGUACGACCCGCCUGGCCGCGACUACCUGGCCAUUGCUGAGGGCUCGCGCCGCCACAACAUCGGCAAGGUGUACUCGGGUCUCUACGAGUUCGAGGGACACGUCGUGCCGUUCAUGGUUGUGGCCAAGGUCGGCACGCCAGACGAGUCGAGCCGGUCGGGUAAUCGCGGUAAGCGCGACUCGCAGAUCCUGCUGAUGUCGUUCCUCAACAAGAUUGACGCCGAUACCGAGGUCAUGCCCGACUCGCUCACUCGUCUGGUCUCUGCGUGCUCGUCGGACCAGCGCAUUGCCGGGAUCUGCGGCGAGACCAUGCUGGGCAACGAGAGCCAGAGCUGGACCACCAUGAUGCAGGUGUACGAGUACUUCAUCUCGCACCACAUGGCCAAGGCAUUCGAGUCGCUGUUUGGCGCCGUUACGUGCCUGCCCGGGUGUUUCUGUAUGUACCGGCUGCGCAACUCUUCUGGCAAGCCGCUGCUGAUUGCCAACCCGAUCCUGGAGGCAUACUCGGAGCUGCACGUCGACACGCUGCACAAGAAGAACCUGCUGUCGCUCGGUGAGGACCGGUACCUGACGACGCUGAUGAUGAAGCACUUCCCGAACUUCAAGCUCAAGUUCAUCCAGGACGCCAAGUGCAGGACGAUUGCGCCGGACAAGUGGUCGGUGCUGGUGUCGCAGCGCCGUCGGUGGAUCAACUCGACGGUGCACAACCUGGCUGAGCUGCUGUUCCUGCCCGACCUCUGCGGGUUCUGCUGCUUCUCGAUGCGCUUUGUGGUGUUCCUCGAUCUGUUCGGUACCCUGACGAUGCCGACGACGCUGAUCUACUUUGCGUACCUGAUCUAUGUGGCGGUGACUGGGCUUGCCGAUGUCGGCUACAUCUCGCUGAUUCUCAUCGGCGCUAUCUACGGUGUGCAGGCGAUCAUCUUCAUUCUGCGGCGCGAGUGGCAGCACGUGGGCUGGAUGCUGAUUUACCUGUGCGCAUACCCGCUGUGGUCGUUCGUCCUGCCAAUCUACUCGUUCUGGCACUUUGACGACUUCUCGUGGGGCAACACGCGCGUGGUGGUUGGCGACGGCAAGCGCAAGAUCAUCGUCAAUGACGACAAGCCGUUUGACCCGGCGUCGAUUCCGCAGCGCCGCUGGAUGGAGUACGAGAACGAGCUGGCCAGCGCCGGUGUCCUGAAUGCACCGCCGCCCAACAUGAACCCGGGCAGUCGCGAGGACGAGCGCCAGUCGAUGUACAGCAGCCAGUCAGGCCCCAUUAGCCGUCAUUGGCAGCGCGGUCGGGUUUGUGCCGGCUGGCGGCACGGCCAGCGUGCAUGGGUCAUCGGCUGGGUCGGUGUUCAUGGGAGGCAGCUUUGUCGAUCCGCGGCUGUCAACGGCGAUGACCAACCCGCAGAUGAUGGCGAUGCAGGCGCAGUCGCCGUACACGUCAGUGGCGGUUCCGAACCAGGGCGCGUGGGUGCCGCCCAAUACCAUGUCGAUGUACAGCGAGGCGCAGGGAAUGCGGCCCAUGUCGCAUAUGUCGGCCGCCAGCGGACCCAACAGCCUGCAUGUGGUGUCGAUCCGCCGAUGGCGAUGCUGCCCACCGACGACCAGAUCGUCGAUGCCGUGCGGCGCAUCCUGGCAGGCGCCGAUCUGACGCAGACCACCAAGAAGCGGAUCCGCAUGCAGCUGAACCAGGAGUUUGGGUGCGAUCUGACGCCCAAGAAGGACUUUAUCAGCAGUGUUGUCGACCAGAUGCUGGUCGGUGGCAUGUAA